AUGGCUCUAUCCAAUAUUACAUUCAAAUCACUCAGGGCUCUAUCCAAUAUUACAUUCACAUCACUCAGGGCACUAUCCAAUAUAACAUUCACAUCACUCAGGGCACUAUCCAAUAUUACAUUCACAUCACUCAGGGCUCAAUCCAAUAUUACAUUCACAUCACUCAGGGCUCUAUCCAAUAUUACAUUCAAAUCAGGCUCAAUCCAAUAUUACAUUCACAUCACUCAGGGCUCUAUCCAAUAUUACAUUCAAAUCAGUCAGGGCUCUAUCCAAUAUAACAUUCACAUCACUCAGGGCUCUAUCCAAUAUUACAUUCACAUCACUCAGGGCUCUAUCCAAUAUUACAUUCACAUCACUCAGGGGCUAUCCAAUAUUACAUUCACAUCACUCAGGGCUCUAUCCAAUAUUACAUUCACAUCACUCAGGGCUCUAUCCAAUAUUACAUUCACAUCACUCAGGGCACUAUCCAAUAUAACAUUCACAUCACUCAGGGCACUAUCCAAUAUUACAUUCACAUCUCAGGGCACAAUCCAAUAUUACAUUCACAUCACUCAGGGCUCUAUCCAAUAUUACAUCACAUCACCAGGGCUCUAUCCAAUUCACAUUCACAUCACCAGGGCUCUAUCCAAUAUUACAUUCACAUCACUCAGGGCACUAUCCAAUAUAACAUUCAAAUCACUCAGGGGCACUAUCCAAUAUAACAUUCACAUCACUCAGGGCUCUAUCCAAUAUUACAUUCAAAUCAGGCUCUAUCAAUAUUACAUUCACAUCACUCAGGGCUCUAUCCAAUAUUACAUUCACAUCACUCAGGGCUCUAUCCAAUAUUACAUUCACAUCACUCAGGGCUCUAUCCAAUAUUACAUUCAAAUCACUCAGGGCUCUAUCCAAUAUUACAUUCACAUCACUCAGGGCUCUAUCCAAUAUUACAUUCAAAUCACUCAGGGCUCUAUCCAAUAUUACAUUCAAAUCACUCAGGGCUCUAUCCAAUAUAACAUUCACAUCACUCAGGGCUCUAUCCAAUAUUACAUUCACAUCACUCAGGGCUCUAUCCAAUAUUACAUUCACAUCACUCAGGGCUCUAUCCAAUAUUACAUUCACAUCACUCAGGGCUCUAUCCAAUAUUACAUUCACAUCAUCAGGGCUCAUAUUACAUUCAAAUCAGUCAGGGCUCUAUCCAAUAUUACAUUCAAAUCACUCAGGGGCUCUAUCCAAUAUUACAUUCACAUCACUCAGGGCUCUAUCCAAUAUUACAUUCACAUCACUCAGGGCUCUAUCCAAUAUUACAUUCAAAUCACUCAGGGCACUAUCCAAUAUAACAUUCACAUCACUCAGGGAUCUAUCCAAUAUUACAUUCACAUCACUCAGGGCUCUAUCCAAUAUUACAUUUACAUCCACAUCACUCAGGGCCUCAUCCAAUAUUACAUUCAAAUCAGUCAGGGCUCUAUCCAAUAUUACAUUCAAAUCAGUCAGGGAUCCUAUCCAAUAUUACAUUCACAUCACAUCAGGGCUCUAUCCAAUAUUACAUUCACAUCAUCCAAUAUAACUCAGGGCACUAUCCAAUAUUACAUUCACAUCACUCAGGGCUCAAUCCAAUAUUACAUUCACAUCACUCAGGGCUCUCCAAUCCAAUAUUACAUUCACAUCACUCAGGGCUCUAUCCAAUAUUACAUUCACAUCACCAGGGCUCUAUCCAAUAUUACAUUCAAAUCACUCAGGGGCUCUAUCCAAUAUUACAUUCAAAUCACUCAGGGCUCUAUCCAAUAUUACAUUCACAUCACUCAGGCUCUAUCCAAUAUUACAUUCACAUCACUCAGGGCACUAUCCAAUAUUACAUUCACAUCACUCAGGGCACUAUCCAAUAUAACAUUCACAUCACUCAGGGCACUAUCCAAUAUUACAUUCACAUCACUCAGGGCUCAAUCCAAUAUUACAUUCACAUCACUCAGGGGCUCUAUCAAUAUUACAUUCACAUCACUCAGGGCUCUAUCAAUAUUACAUUCAAAUCAGUCAGGGCUCUAUCAAUAUUACAUUCAAAUCAGUCAGGGCUCUAUCCAAUAUUACAUUCACAUCACUCAGGGCUCUAUCCAAUAUUACAUUCACAUCACUCAGGGCUCUAUCCAAUAUUACAUUCACAUCACUCAGGGCUCUAUCCAAUAUUACAUUCACAUCACUCAGGGCUACUAUCAAUAUUACAUUCACAUCAUCAGGGCUCAAUCCAAUAUUACAUUCACAUCACUCAGGGCUCUAUCAAUAUUACAUUCAAAUCACUCAGGGCUCUAUCCAAUAUUACAUUCACAUCACUCAGGGCUCUAUCCAAUAUUACAUUCAAAUCCUCAGGGCUCUAUCCAAUAUUACAUUCACAUCACUCAGGGCUCUAUCCAAUAUUACAUUCAAAUCACUCAGGGCUACAUUCUAUCAAUAUUACAUUCACAUCACUCAGGGCUCAACCUAUACAUUCACAUCACUCAGGCUCAAUCCAUUACAUUCAAAUCACUCAGGGCCCAUCCAUUACAUUCACAUCCCAUCCAAUAUUACAUUCACAUCAGUCAGGGCUCACUCAGGGCACUAUCCAAUAUUACAUUCACAUCACUCAGGGCUCAAUCCAUUACAUUCACAUCCUCAGGGCUCUAUCAAUAUUACAUUCACAUCACUCAGGGCUCUAUCAAUAUUACAUUCACAUCACUCAGGGCUCUAUCAAUAUUACAUUCACAUCACUCAGGGCUCAAUCUAUACCAAUAUUACAUUCACAUCACUCAGGGCUCUAUCAAUAUUACAUUCAAAUCGGUCAGGGCUCUAUCCAAUAUUACAUUCAAAUCAGUCAGGGCUCUAUCCAAUAUUACAUUCACAUCACAUCAGGGCUCUAUCCAAUAUUACAUUCACAUCACUCAGGGCUCUAUCCAAUAUUACAUUCACAUCACUCAGGGCUCCAUCCAAAUACAUUCACAUCACUCAGGGCUCUAUCCAAUAUUACAUUCACAUCACUCAGGGCUCUAUCCAAUAUUACAUUCACAUCACUCAGGGCUCUAUCCAAUAUUACAUUCACAUCAGUCAGGGCUCUAUCCAAUAUUACAUUCACAUCACUCAGGGCUCUAUCCAAUAUUACAUUCAAAUCAGUCAGGGCUCUAUCCAAUAUUACAUUCACAUCACUCAGGGCUCUAUCCAAUAUUACAUUCACAUCACUCAGGGCUCUAUCCAAUAUUACAUUCACAUCACUCAGGGCUCUAUAUCAUUCACAUCACCAGGCACCAUCCAUUUACAUUCACAUCCUCAGGGCUCUAUCCAAUAUUACAUUCAAAUCAGUCAGGGCUCUAUCAAUAUUACAUUCACAUCACAUAUCCAAUCAUUACAUUCAAAUCAGGGCUCUAUCCAAUAUUACAUUCAAAUCAGUCAGGCUCUAUCCAAUAUUACAUUCACAUCAGUCAGGGCUCUAUCCAAUAUUACAUUCACAUCACUCAGGGCUCUAUCCAAUAUUACAUUCACAUCAGUCAGGGCUCUAUCCAAUAUUACAUUCACAUCACUCAGGGCUCUAUCAAUAUUACAUUCACAUCACUCAGGGCUCUAUCAAUAUUACAUUCACAUCACUCAGGGCUCUAUCCAAUAUUACAUUCACAUCACUCAGGGCUCUAUCCAAUAUUACAUUCACAUCACUCAGGGCUCUAUCCAAUAUACAUUCACAUCACUCAGGGCUCUAUCCAAUAUUACAUUCACAUCACUCAGGGCUCUAUCCAAUAUUACAUUCACAUCACUCAGGGCUCUAUCCAAUAUUACAUUCAAAUCAGUCAGGGCACUAUCCAAUAUUACAUUCAAAUCAGUCAGGGCUCUAUCCAAUAUUACAUUCACAUCACUCAGGGCUCUAUCCAAUAUUACAUUCACAUCACUCAGGGCUCUAUCCAAUAUUACAUUCACAUCACUCAGGGCUCUAUCCAAUAUUACAUUCACAUCACUCAGGGCUCUAUCCAAUAUUACAUUCACAUCACUCAGGGCUCUAUCCAAUAUUACAUUCACAUCACUCAGGGCUCUAUCCAAUAUUACAUUCACAUCACUCAGGGCUCUAUCCAAUAUUACAUUCAAAUCAGUCAGGGCUCUAUCCAAUAUUACAUUCAAAUCAGUCAGGGCUCUAUCCAAUAUUACAUUCAAAUCACUCAGGGCUCUAUCCAAUAUUACAUUCACAUCACUCAGGGCUCUAUCCAAUAUUACAUUCACAUCACUCAGGGCUCUAUCCAAUAUAACAUUCACAUCACUCAGGGCUCUAUCCAAUAUUACAUUCACAUCACUCAGGGCUCUAUCCAAUAUUACAUUCACAUCACUCAGGGCUCUAUCCAAUAUAACAUUCAAAUCACUCAGGGCUCUAUCCAAUAUAACAUUCACAUCACUCAGGGCUCUAUCCAAUAUUACAUUCAAAUCGGUCAGGGCUCUAUCCAAUAUAACAUUCACAUCACUCAGGGCUCUAUCCAAUAUUACAUUCAAAUCAGUCAGGGCUCUAUCCAAUAUUACAUUCAAAUCACUCAGGGGCUCUAUCCAAUAUUACAUUCAAAUCACUCAGGCUCUAUCCAAUAUAACAUUCACAUCACUCAGGGCUCUAUCCAAUAUAACAUUCACAUCACUCAGGGGCUCUAUCCACAUUACAUUCACAUCAUCACUCAGGGCUCUAUCCAAUAUUACAUUCACAUCACUCAGGGCUCUAUCCAAUAUUACAUUCACAUCACUCAGGGCUCUAUCCAAUAUUACAUUCAAAUCACUCAGGGCACUAUCCAAUAUAACAUUCACAUCACUCAGGGAUCUAUCCAAUAUUACAUUCAAAUCAGGCUUCUAUCCAAUAUUACAUUCACAUCACUCAGGCUCUAUCUACAUCCAAUAUUACAUCCAAUUACAUCAUCAGUCAGGGCACUAUCCAAUAUAACAUUCACAUCACUCAGGGCUCUAUCCAAUAUUACAUUCAAAUCACUCAGGGCUCUAUCCAAUAUUACAUUCACAUCACUCAGGGCUCCCAUCCAAUAUUACAUUCACAUCACUCAGGGCUCUAUCCAAUAUUACAUUCAAAUCACUCAGGGCACUAUCCAAUAUAACAUUCACAUCACUCAGGGCUCCUAUCCAAUAUUACAUUCACAUCAGGCUCUAUCCAAUACAUUCACAUUCAAGGGCUCCAUCCAACAUUACAUUCACAUCACUCAGGGCAUUCAAAUCAUCCAAUAUUACAUUCACAUCACUCAGGGCUCUAUCAAUAUUACAUUCACAUCACUCAGGGCUCUAUCCAAUAUUACAUUCACAUCACUCAGGGCUCUAUCCAAUAACAUUCAAAUCACUCAGGGCACUAUCCAAUAUUACAUUCACAUCACUCAGGCUCUAUCCAAUAUUACAUUCAAAUCAGUCAGGCUCUAUCCAAUAUUACAUUCACAUCACCAGGGCUCUAUCCAAUAUUACAUUCACAUCACCAGGGCUCUCAUCCAAUAUUACAUUCAAAUCACUCAGGGCUCUAUCCAAUAUUACAUUCACAUCACUCAGGGCUCUAUCCAAUAUUACAUUCACAUCACUCAGGGCUCUAUCCAAUCACAUUCACAUCACUCAUCUAUCCAAUAUAACAUUCACAUCACUCAGGGCUCUAUCCAAUAUUACAUUCACAUCACUCAGGGCUCUAUCCAAUAUUACAUUCACAUCACUCAGGGCUCUAUCCAAUAUUACAUUCACAUCACUCAGGGCUCUAUCCAAUAUUACAUUCACAUCACUCAGGGCUCUAUCCAAUAUAACAUUCACAUCACUCAGGGCUCUAUCCAAUAUAACAUUCACAUCACUCAGGGCUCUAUCCAAUAUAACAUUCACAUCACUCAGGGCUCUAUCCAAUAUUACAUUCAAAUCAGUCAGGGCUCUAUCCAAUAUUACAUUCACAUCACUCAGGGCUCUAUCCAAUAUUACAUUCAAAUCAGUCAGGGCUCUAUCCAAUAUUACAUUCAAAUCACUCAGGGCUCUAUCCAAUAUAACAUUCAAAUCACUCAGGGCCCCAUCCAAUAUUACAUUCAAAUCACUCAGGGCUCCAUCCAAUAUUACAUUCAAAUCACCAGGGCUCCAUCCAAUAUAACAUUCAAAUCACUCAGGGCCCCAUCCAAUAUUACAUUCACAUCACUCAGGGCUCCAUCCAUAUUACAUUCAAAUCACUCAGGGCUCUAUCCAAUAUUACAUUCACAUCACUCAGGGGCUCCAUCCAAUAUAACAUUCAAAUCACUCAGGGCUCUAUCCAAUAUAACAUUCACAUCACUCAGGGCUCUAUCCAAUAUUACAUUCACAUCACCAGGGCUCCAUCCAAUAUUACAUUCAAAUCAGUCAGGGCUCUAUCCAAUAUUACAUUCAAAUCACCAGGGCCCUAUCCAAUAUUACAUUCACAUCACUCAGGGCUCUAUCCAAUAUAACAUUCACAUCACUCAGGGCUCUAUCCAAUAUAACAUUCACAUCAUUCAGGGCUCUAUCAAUAUUACAUUCACAUCACUCAGGGCUCCAUCCAUAACAUUCACAUCAUCAGGGCUCUAUCCAAUUACAUUCACAUCACUCAGGGCUCUAUCCAAUAUUACAUUCACAUCACUCAGGGCGGCAUCCUAUACAUUCAACCAGGGCCUCCAUCCAAUAUUACAUUCAAAUCAGUCAGGCCUAUCGUAUUACAUUCUCACUCAGGGCUCUAUCCAAUAUACAUUCACAUCACUCAGGGCUCUAUCCAAUAUUACAUUCACAUCACUCAGGGCUUUCAUCCAAUAUUACAUUCAAAUCACUCAGGGCACUAUCCAAUAUUACAUUCAAAUCAGUCAGGGCAUCCAAUAUAACAUUCACAUCACUCAGGCUCUAUCCAAUAUUACAUUCAAAUCACUCAGGGCUCUAUCCAAUAUAACAUUCACAUCACUCAGGGAUCUAUCCAAUAUUACAUUCAAAUCAGUCAGGGCACUAUCCAAUAUUACAUUCAAAUCACUCAGGGCUCUAUCCAAUAUUACAUUCACAUCACUCAGGGCUCUAUCCAAUAUAACAUUCACAUCACUCAGGGCUCUAUCCAAUAUUACAUUCACAUCACUCAGGGCUCCAUCCAAUAUUACAUUCACAUCACUCAGGGCUCUAUCCAAUAUAACAUUCACAUCCUCAGGGCUCUAUCCAAUAUUACAUUCAAAUCACUCAGGGCUCUAUCCAAUAUUACAUUCAAAUCACUCAGGGCUCUAUCCAAUAUUACAUUCACAUCACUCAGGGCUCUAUCCAAUAUUACAUUCACAUCACUCAGGGCUCUAUCCAAUAUUACAUUCACAUCACUCAGGGCUCUAUCCAAUAUUACAUUCACAUCACUCAGGCUCUAUCCAAUAUCAAACAUUCAAAUCACUCAGGGCUCUAUCAAUAUUACAUUCAAAUCAGUCAGGGCUCUAUCCAAUAUUACAUUCAAAUCAGUCAGGGCUCUAUCCAAUAUUACAUUCAAAUCAGUCAGGGCUCUAUCCAAUAUUACAUUCAGUCAGGGCUCCCAUCCAAUAUUACAUUCACAUCACCUCAGGGCUCUAUCCAAUAUUACAUUCACAUCACUCAGGGCUCUAUCCAAUAUUACAUUCAAAUCAGUCAGGGCUCCAUCCAAUAUUCAAACAUUCAAAUCACAUUCAGGGCUCUAUCCAUCCAAUUUACAUUCACAUCACUCAGGGCUCUAUCCAAUAUUACAUUCAAAUCACUCAGGGCUCUAUCCAAUAUUACAUUCACAUCACUCAGGGCUCUAUCCAAUAUUACAUUCACAUCACUCAGGGCUCUAUCCAAUAUUACAUUCAAAUCAGUCAGGGCUCUAUCCAAUAUUACAUUCAAAUCAGUCAGGGCUCUAUCCAAUAUUACAUUCACAUCAGUCAGGGCUCUAUCCAAUAUUACAUUCAAAUCAGUCAGGGCUCUAUCCAAUAUUACAUUCAAAUCAGUCAGGGCUCUAUCCAAUAUUACAUUCACAUCACUCAGGGCUCUAUCCAAUAUUACAUUCACAUCACUCAGGGCUCUAUCCAAUAUUACAUUCACACAUUCAUCCAAUAUACAUUCUCAGGGCUCUAUCCAAUAUUACAUUCAAAUCACCCAGGCUCUAUCCAAUAUUACAUUCAAAUCAGUCAGGGCUCUAUCCAAUAUUACAUUCAAAUCACUCAGGGCUCUAUCCAAUAUUACAUUCAAAUCACUCAGGCUCUAUCCAAUAUUACAUUCAAAUCAGGGCUCUCAUCCUCUACAUCAAAAUAUCUAUACAUUCAACAUCACAUCAGGGCUCUAUCCAAUAUUACAUUCAAAUCAGUCAGGGCUCUAUCCAAUAUUACAUUCACAUCACUCAGGGCUCUAUCCAAUAUUACAUUCAAAUCACUCAGGGCUCUAUCCAAUAUUACAUUCACAUCACUCAGGGCUCUAUCCAAUAUUACAUUCAAAUCAGUCAGGGCUCUAUCCAAUAUUACAUUCACAUCACCAGGGCUCUACAUCAAUAUCACAUUCAAUUACAUCACUCAGGGCUCUAUCCAAUAUUACAUUCACAUCACUCAGGGCUCUAUCAAUAUUACAUUCACAUCAGUCAGGGCUCUAUCAAUAUUACAUUCAAAUCAGUCAGGGCUCUAUCCAAUAUUACAUUCACAUCACUCAGGGCUCUAUCCAAUAUUACAUUCACAUCACUCAGGGCUCUAUCCAAUAUUACAUUCAAAUCAGUCAGGGCUCUAUCAAUAUUACAUUCACAUCACUCAGGGCUCAUCCAUUACAUUCACAAUAUUACAUUCACAUCACUCAGGGCUCUAUCCAAUAUUACAUUCAAAUCACUCAGGGCUCUAUCCAAUACAUUCACAUUCAGGGCUCUAUCCAAUAUUACAUUCAUCACUCAGGCUCUCAUCCAAUAUUACAUUCAAAUCACAGGGCUCUAUCCAAUAUUACAUUCACAUCACUCAGGGCUCUAUCCAAUAUUACAUUCACAUCACUCAGGGCUCUAUCCAAUAUUACAUUCACAUCAGUCAGGGCUCUAUCCAAUAUUACAUUCACAUCACUCAGGGCUCUAUCCAAUAUUACAUUCACAUCACUCAGGGCUCUAUCCAAUAUUACAUUCAAAUCACUCAGGGCUCUAUCCAAUAUUACAUUCACAUCACUCAGGGCUCUAUCCAAUAUUACAUUCACAUCACUCAGGGCUCUAUCCAAUAUUACAUUCAAAUCACUCAGGGCUCUAUCCAAUAUAACAUUCACAUCACUCAGGGCUCUAUCCAACAUUACAUUCACAUCACUCAGGCCUCUAUCCAAUAUUACAUUCACAUCCUCAGGCUCCAUCCAAUAUUACAUUCAAAUCAGUCAGGGCUCUAUCCAAUAUUACAUUCACAUCACUCAGGGCUCCAUCCAUAUUACAUUCAUCAGUCAGGGCUCCCCCAGGCUUACAUCCAAUAUUACAUUCACAUCACUCAGGGCUUCAUCCAACAUUACAUACAUUCAUCCAUUACAUUCACAUCAGUCAGGGCUCUAUCCAAUAUUACAUUCACAUCACUCAGGGCUCUAUCAAUAUUACAUUCACAUCACUCAGGGCUCUAUCAAUAUUACAUUCAAAUCACUCAGGGCUCUAUCAAUACAUUCACAUCACCAGGGCUCUAUCCAAUAUUACAUUCACAUCACUCAGGGCUCUAUCAAUAUUACAUUCACAUCACUCAGGGCUCCCAUCCAAUAUUACAUUCACAUCACUCAGGGCUCUAUCCAAUAUUACACAUCCAAAUCACUCACUCAGGCUCUAUCCAAUAUUACAUUCACAUCAGUCAGGGCUCUAUCAAUAUUACAUUCAAAUCACUCAGGGCUCUAUCAAUAUUACAUUCACAUCACUCAGGGCUCUAUCCAAUAUUACAUUCAAAUCACUCAGGGCUCAUCCAAUAUUACAUUCACAUCACUCAGGGCUCUAUCAAUAUUACAUUCACAUCACUCAGGGCUCUAUCAAUAUUACAUUCACAUCACUCAGGGGCUCUAUCAAUAUUACAUUCACAUCACUCAGGGCCCAUCCAAUAUUACAUUCAAAUCACUCAGGGCUCCAUCCAAUAUUACAUUCAAAUCAGUCAGGGCUCUAUCCAAUAUUACAUUCACAUCACUCAGGGCUCUAUCCAAUAUUACAUUCACAUCACUCAGGGCUCUAUCCAAUAUUACAUUCACAUCACUCAGGGCUCCAUCCAAUAUUACAUUCACAUCACCAGGGCUCUCCAUCCAAUAUUACAUUCACAUCACCAGGGCUCCCAUCCAAUAUUACAUCAUCUACAUCACCAGGGCUCUAUCCAUUACAUUCACAUCACCAGGGCUCCAUCCAAUAUUACAUUCACAUCACCAGGGCUCUAUCCAAUAUUACAUUCACAUCACAUUCAUCCAAUAUUACAUUCACAUCCUCAGGGCUCUAUCCAAUAUUACAUUCAAAUCACUCAGGGCUCUAUCCAAUAUUACAUUCACAUCACUCACGGCUCUAUCCAAUAUUACAUUCACAUCACUCAGGGCUCUAUCCAAUAUUACAUUCAAAUCACUCAGGGCUCUAUCCAAUAUUACAUUCACAUCACUCAUGGCUCUAUCCAAUAUUACAUUCACAUCACUCAGGGCUCUAUCAAUAUUACAUUCACAUCACUCAGGGCUCUAUCAAUAUUACAUUCACAUCACUCAUGGCUCUAUCCAAUAUUACAUUCAAAUCACUCAGGGCUCUAUCAAUAUUACAUUCAUUACAUCACAUCACCAGGCUCUAUCCAAUAUUACAUUCACAUCCUCAGGGCUCUAUCCAAUAAUACAUUCACAUCACUCAGGGCUCUAUCCAAUAUUACAUUCAAAUCAGUCAGGGCUCAUCCAAUAUUACAUCUUUACAUCACUCAGGGCUCUAUCCAAUAUUACAUUCAAAUCAGUCAUGGCUCUCAUCCAAUAUUACAUUCAAAUCAGUCAUGGCUCUAUCCAAUAUUACAUUCACAUCCUCAGGGCUCUAUCCAAUAUUACAUUCAAAUCACUCAGGGCUCUAUCCAAUAUUACAUUCAAAUCACUCAGGGCUCUAUCCAAUAUUACAUUCACAUCACUCAGGGCUCUAUCAAUAUUACAUUCACAUCACUCAGGGCUCUAUCCAAUAUUACAUUCAUCCAUCAGUCAGGGCUCUAUCAAUAUAACAUUCAUCACUCAUGGCUCUAUCAAUAUUACAUUCCACAUUCUAUCAAUAUUACAUUCACAUCACUCAGGGCUCUAUCACAUUCACAUUACAUCCACAUCACUCAGGGCUCUAUCAAUAUAACAUUCACAUUCACAUCCAAUAUUACAUUCAAAUCAGUCAGGGCUCUAUCCAAUAUUACAUCCACAUCACUCAGGGCUCUAUCCAAUAUUACAUUCACAUCACUCAGGGCUCUAUCCAUUACAUUACACAUUCACAUCACUCCAGGGCUCUCCAAUAUUACAUUCACAUCCUCAGGGCUCUAUCAAUAUUACAUUCACAUCACUCAGGGCUCUAUCAAUAUUACAUUCAAAUCAGUCAGGGCUCUAUCCAAUAUUACAUUCACAUCACUCAUGGCUCUAUCAAUAUUACAUUCACAUCAGGCUCUAUCAAUAUUACAUUCACAUCACUCAGGCUCUAUCAAUAUUACAUUCACAUCACUCAGGCUCUAUCAAUAUUACAUUCACAUCCUCAGGGCUCUAUCCAAUAUUACAUUCAAAUCCUCAGGGCUCUAUCAAUAUUACAUUCACAUCACUCAGGGCUCUAUCAAUAUUACAUUCACAUCACUCAGGGCUCUAUCCAAUAUUACAUUCAUCACUCAGGGCUCUAUCCAAUAUUACAUUCAAAUCACUCAGGGCUCUAUCAAUAUUACAUUCACAUCACUCCAGGGCUCUAUCCAAUAUUACAUUCACAUCAGUCAGGCUCUAUCAAUAUUACAUUCAAAUCAGUCAGGGCUCUAUCAAUAUUACAUUCACAUCACCUCAGGGCUCUAUCAAUAUAACAUUCACAUCACUCAGGGCUCUAUCAAUAUUACAUUCAAAUCCUCAGGGCUCUAUCAAUAUUACAUUCACAUCACUCAGGCUCUAUCAAUAUUACAUUCACAUCACUCAGGGCUCUAUCAAUAUUACAUUCACAUCACUCAUGGCUCUAUCAAUAUUACAUUCAUCACUCAGGGCUCUAUCAAUAUUACAUUCACAUCACUCAUGGCAUCCUAUCAAUAUUAUCCAUUACAUUCACAUCACUCAUGGGCUCUAUCCAAUGUACAUUCACAUCCUCAGGGCUCUAUCAAUAUUACAUUCACAUCACUCAGGGCUCUAUCAAUAUUACAUUCACAUCACUCAGGGCUCUAUCAAUAUUACAUUCACAUCCUCAGGGCUCUAUCAAUAUUACAUUCACAUCACUCAGGGCUCUAUCCAAUAUUACAUUCAUCACUCAGGGCUCUAUCAAUAUUACAUUCACAUCACUCAGGGCUCUAUCAAUAUUACAUUCACAUCCUCAGGGCUCUAUCAAUAUUACAUUCACAUCACUCAGGGCUCUAUCCAAUUACAUUCACAUCACUCAGGGCUCUAUCCAAUAUUACAUUCACAUCACUCAGGGCUCUAUCAAUAUUACAUUCACAUCACUCAGGGCUCUAUCCAAUAUUACAUUCAAAUCAGUCAGGGCUCUAUCAAUAUUACAUUCACAUCACUCAGGGCUCUAUCAAUAUUACAUUCAACAUCACUCAGGGCUCUAUCCAAUAUUACAUUCACAUCAGUCAGGGCUCUAUCCAAUAUUGGUAUUCACAUCACUCAGGGGCUCUAUCAAUAUUACAUUCACAUCACUCAGGGCUCUAUCCAAUAUUACAUUCCACAUCCUCCAGGGCUCUAUCAAUAUUACAUUCACAUCACUCAGGGGCUCUAUCAAUCCCAUUCCCAUCACUCACAGGGCUCCAUCAAUAUUACAUUCACAUCACUCAGGGCUCCAAUAUUACAUUCAUCACUCAGGAAUCCAUCCAAUAUUACAUUCACAUCACUCAGGGCUCUAUCAAUAUUACAUUCAAAUCACUCAGGGCUCUAUCCAAUAUUACAUUCACAUCACUCAGGGCUCUAUCCAAUAUUGCAUUCAAAUCCUCAGGGCUCUCAUCCAAUAUUACAUUCACAUCACUCAGGGCUCUAUCAAUUACAUUCACAUCACUCAUGGCUCUAUCCAAUAUUACAUUCACAUCACUCAGGGCUCCUACAUUCAAUAUUACAUUCACAUCACAUCAGGGCUCUAUCAAUAUUACAUUCACAUCACUCAGGCUCCCUAUCCAAUAUUACAUUCACAUCACUCAUGGCUCUAUCAAUAUUACAUUCACAUCACUCAGGGCUCUAUCCAAUAUUACAUUCACAUCACUCAUGGCUCUAUCCAAUUACAUUCACAUCCUCACAUCACCCAGGGCUCUAUCCAAUAUUACAUUCAUCACUCAUGGCUCUAUCAAUAUUACAUUCACAUCACUCAUGGCUCUAUCCAAUAUUACAUUCACAUCACUCAGGGCUCUAUCAUCCAAUAUUACAUUCACAUCCCAUGGCUCUAUCCAAUAUUACAUUCAAAUCACUCAGGCCUCAUCAAUAUUACAUUCACAUCAUCAGGGCUCCCAUCCAGGCUCUACAUCAAUAUUAUCCAUUACAUUCACAUCAGUCAGGGCUCCAUCCAAUAUUACAUUCACAUCACUCAGGGCUCUAUCAAUAUUACAUUCACAUCACUCAGGGCUGGGCCUAUCCAAUAUUACAUUCACAUCACUCAGGGCUCUAUCCAAUAUUACAUUCACAUCACCUCAGGGCUCUAUCAAUAUUACAUUCACAUCAUCAGGGCUCUAUCCAAUAUUACAUUCAUCACUCAGGGCUCUAUCCAAUAUUACAUUCCAUCACUCAGGCUCUAUCAAUAUUACAUUCACAUCACUCAGGGCUCUAUCCAAUAUUACAUUCACAUCACCAUGGCUCCAUCCAAUAUUACAUUCCACAUCACUCAGGGCUCUAUCAAUACACAUUCACAUCACUCAGGGCCCCAUCCAAUAUUACAUUCACAUCACUCAGGCUCCCAUCCAAUAUUACAUUCACAUCAUCAGGCUCUCAUCCAAUAUUACAUUCACAUCACUCAGGGCUCUAUCCAAUAUUACAUUCACAUCACUCAGGGCUCUAUCAAUAUUACAUUCACAUCAGUCAGGCUCAGGGCUCUAUCAAUAUUACAUUCAAAUCACUCAGGGCUCCAUCCAAUAUUACAUUCAUCAUCAGUCAGGGCUCUAUCCAAUAUUACAUUCACAUCAGUCAGGGCUCUAUCAAUAUUACAUUCACAUCACUCAGGGCUCUCAUCCAAUAUUACAUUCACAUCACUCAGGGCUCUAUCAAUAUUACAUUCAAAUCACUCAUGGCUCCAUCAAUACACAUUCACAUCACUCAGGGCUCAUCCAAUAUUACAUUCACAUCACUCAGGGCUCCAUCAAUAUUACAUUCACAUCACUCAGGGCUCUAUCCAAUAUUACAUUCACAUCACACCAUGGCUCUAUCCAAUAUUACAUUCACAUCACUCAUGGCUCUAUCAAUAUUACAUUCAUCAGUCAGGGCUCAUCCAAUAUUACAUUCACAUCACUCAUGGCUCUAUCCAAUAUUACAUUCACAUCACUCAGGGCUCUAUCCAAUAUUACAUUCACAUCACUCAUGGCUCUAUCCAAUAUUACAUUCACAUCACUCAGGGCUCUAUCCAAUAUUACAUUCACAUCACUCAUGGCUCUAUCCAAUAUUACAUUCACAUCACUCAGGGCUCCUAUCAAUGGCCAUUCAAAUCACUCAGGGCUCUAUCCAAUAUUACAUUCAUCACUCAGGGCUCUAUCCAAUAUUACAUUCACAUCACUCAGGGCUCUAUCCAAUAUUACAUUCAAAUCACUCAGGGCUCCAUCAAUAUUACAUUCACAUCACUCAGGGCUCUAUCAAUAUAACAUUCACAUCACUCAGGGCUCUAUCCAAUAUUACAUUCACAUCCUCAGGGCUCUAUGUCAUAUUACAUUCAAAUCGGUCAGGGCUCUAUCCAAUAUUACAUUCACAUCACUCAGGGCUCUAUCCAAUAUUACAUUCACAUCACUCAGGGCUCUAUCCAAUAUUACAUUCACAUCACUCAGGGCUCUAUCCAAUAUUACAUUCACAUCACUCAUGGCUCUAUCCAAUAUUACAUUCACAUCACUCAGGGCUUCUAUCAAUAUUACAUUCACAUCACUCCAGGCUCUAUCAAUAUUACAUUCACAUCACUCAGGGCUCUAUCAAUAUUACAUUCAUCACAGGGCUCUAUCAAUAUUACAUUCAUCAGGAUCAUCCAGCUCUAUCAAUAUUACAUUCACAUCACUCAGGGCUCUAUCCAAUAUUACAUUCACAUCACUCAGGGCUCUAUCAACAUUCACAUUCAGGAUCCAUCCAUCACAUCAGGGCUCUAUCCAAUAUUACAUUCACAUCACUCAGGCCUCUAUCCAAUAUUACAUUCACAUCACUCCAGGGCUCUAUCAAUAUUACAUUCACAUCACUCAGGGCUCUAUCAAUAUUACAUUCACAUACACCAUGGCUCUAUCAAUAAUAUUACAUUCACAUCAGUCAGGGCUCUAUCCAAUAUUACAUUCAAAUCAGGCUCUAUCCAAUAUAACAUUCACAUCCUCAGGGCUCCCAUCCAAUAUUACAUUCAGGGCCCCAUCCAUGUCACAUUCACAUCCACCAGGGCUCCAUCCAAUAUUACAUUCACAUCACUCAGGGCUCCAUCCAAUAUUACAUCCACAUCACUCAGGGCCUCUAUCCAAUAUUACAUUCACAUCACUCAGGGCUCUAUCCAAUACACAUUCAUCAAUGGGGGAACCAUCCAAUAUUACAUUCACAUCACUCUGUGGCUCUAUCCAAUAUUACAUUCAAAUCACUCAGGGCUCCAUCCAAUAUUACAUUCAAAUCAGGCUCUAUCCAACACACAUUCACAUCACUCAGGGCUCCAUCCAAUAUACAUUACAUUCAUCCAAUAUUACAUUCACAUCACCAGGGCUCUAUCAAUAUUACAUUCACAUCACUCAGGGCUCAUCCAAUAUUACAUUCACAUCACCAGGGCUCCAUCCCAAUAUAACAUUCACAUCACCAGGGCUCCAUCCACACACAUUCACAUCACCAGGGCCCCAUCCAAUAUUACAUUCACAUCACCAGGGCUCUAUCCAUAACAUUCACAUCACCAGGGCCUCAUCCAAUAUUACAUUCAUCACCAGGGCCCCAUCCAAUAUUACAUUCACAUCACCAGGGCUCUAUCCAAUAUUACAUUCACAUCACCAGGGCUCCAUCCAAUAUUACAUUCACAUCACCUGUGGCUCCCAUCCAAUAUUACAUUCAAAUCACCUGGCUCCAUCCAUACACAUUCACAUCACCAGGGGAUCUAUCCAAUAUUACAUUCACAUCAGCUCCCAUCCAAUAUUAUCUCACAUCACCAGGCUCCUCAUCCAAUAUUACAAUCCAAAUCACUCAGGGCCCCAUCCAAUAUUACAAAUCAAAUCAGUCAGGGCUCCAUCCAAUAUUACAUUCACAUCACCAGGCACCAUCCAAUAUUACAUUCAAAUCAGUCAGGGCCCCAUCCAAUAUUACAUCUACAUCACCAUGGAUCUAUCCAAUAUUACAUUCAAACAGCUCAGGCACCAUCCAAUAUUACAUACAAAUCACCAGGGCCCAUCCAAUAUUACAUUCAUCGCACUCAGGCUCUAUCAAUAUAACAUUCACAUCACUCAGGGCUCUAUCAGUAUUACAUCUACCUCAGGGCUCCAUCCAAUAUUACAUUCAAAUCACUCAGGGCUCUAUCCAAUAUUACAUUUCAAAUCACUCAGGGCUCUGCUCUAUCAAUAUAACAUUCCACAUCACUCAGGGAUCUAUCAAUAUUAUAUUCACAUCACCAUGGCCUUCCCAUCCAAUAUUACAUUCAUCACCAGGGCUCUCUCCAAUAUUACACUAAAUCAGCUUUCAUCAAUAUUACAUUCACUUCAGAGGGCUCCCAUCCAAUAUAACAUUCAAAUCAAUCAGGGAUCAUCCAAUAUUACAUUCAAAUCAGUCAGGGGCACUAUCCAAUAUUACAUUCACAUCACUCAGGGCUCCAUCCAAUAUUACAUUCCGUCACUCAGGGCACCAUCCAAUAUAACAUUCACAUCACUCAGGGCUCUAUCCAAUAUUACAUUCACAUCACCCAGGGCUCUAUCCAACAUUCAAUCAUUCAUCCAAUAUUACAGGGCAUCACUCAGGGCCCCAUCAUAUACAUUCACAUCACCAGGGCCCAUCCAAUAUUACAUUCACAUCACUCAGGGCUCUAUCAAUAUUACAUUCAAAUCAGUCAGGCUCUAUCCACACACAUUCAAAUCACUCCUCAGGGCUCCAUCCAAUAUAACAUUCACAUCACCUGGCUCUAUCCAAUAUAACAUUCACAUCCUCAGGCCUCUAUCCAAUAUUACAUUCACAUCCCAGGGCCCCAUCCAUUACAUUCAAAUCACCAGGGCCCCAUCCAAUAUUACAUUCACAUCACCAGGGCCCAUCCAAUAUCACAUUCACAUCACCAGGGCUCUAUCCAAUAUUACAUUCCAAAUCAGCCAGGGCCCCAUCCAAUAUUACAUUCACAUCACCAGGGCUCUAUCCAAUAUUACAUUCAAAUCACUCAGUGGCCCCAUCCAAUAUAACAUUCACAUCACUCAGGGCUCCCAUCCUAUCCACAUAGGUGGCCCCAUCCAAUAUUACAUCACAUCACCAGGCUCUAUCCAAUAUUACAUUCAAAUCACUCAGGGCUCUAUCCAAUAUUACAUUCAAAUCACUCAGGGCUCCAUCCAAUAUAACAUUCAAAUCACCAGGGCCCAUCCAAUAUUACAUUCACAUCACUCAGGCACCAUCCAAUAUUACAUUCACAUCACCAGGAUCCCAUCCAAUAUUACAUUCACAUCACUCAGGGCACCAUCCAAUAUUACAUUCACAUCACUCAGGGCACCAUCCAAUAUUAUUUCAAAUCACUCAGGGCACUAUCAAUAUAACAUUCAAAUCCUCAGGGCUCCAUCCAUAUUACAUUCACAUCACUCAGGGCUCUAUCCAAUAUUACAUUCACAUCAGCCAGGGCUCCAUCCAAUAUUACAUUCACAUCAGUCAGGGCUCUAUCCAAUAUUACAUUCACUCCACCAGGGCUCCAUCCAAUAUUACAUUCACAUCACUCAGGGCUCCAUCCAAUAUUACAUCCACAAAUCACUCAGGGCACUAUCAAAAUAUUACAUUCAAAUCAGUCAGGGCUCUCAUCCAAUAUUACAUUCAAAAACUCCAGGGCCCCAUCCAAUAUUACAUUCAAUCCUCAGGCUCUCAUCCAAUAUUACAUUCAAAUCAGGCUCCAUCCAAUAUUACAUUCAAAUCACCAGGGCUCCAUCCAAUAUUACAUUCACAUCACUCAGGGCUCUAUCCAAUAUUACAUUCACAUCACUCAGGCUCUAUCCAAUAUUACAUUCACAUCACCUGACCUAUCAAUAUUACAUCCAAUAUUACAUUCACAUCACUCAUGGCUCCAUCCAAUAUAACAUUCACAUCACUCAGGGCUCUAUCCAAUAUUACAUUCACAUCAGGGCUCUAUCCAAUAUUACAUUCAAAUCAGUCAGGGCUCUAUCCAUUACAUUCAAAUCACUCAGGGCUCCAUCCAAUAUUACAUCCACAUCAGUCAGGGCUCUAUCCAAUAUUACAUUCCACAUCACUCAGGGCUCCAUCCAAUAUAACAUUACAUCACCUAGCUCUAUCCAAUAUUACAUUCACAUCACUCAGGGUACCAUCCAAUAUAACAUUCAAAUCACUCAGGAUCCAUCCAAUAAUACAUUCACAUCACCUCAGGGCUCUAUCCAAUAUUACAUUCAAAUCAGAUCCAUCCACCAAUACAUUCACAUCACCAGGCUCUAUCCAAUAUUACAUUCACAUCACUCAGGGCCCCAUCCAUUACGUUCAUCACUCAGGGCCCCAUCCAAUAUAACAUCCACAUCAGCUCUAUCCAAUAUUACAUUCACAUCACCAUGGCUCUAUCCACCACAUUCAAAUCACCAGGGCUCCAUCCAAUAUUACAUUCACAUUACCAGGCUCUGUCAAUAUUACAUUCACAUCCUCCUGGCUCUAUCCAAUAUUACAUUCACAUCCUCAGAACCUAUCAAUAUUACGGCUAAAUCACUCAGGGCUCUAUCAAUAUUACAUUCACAUCUCAGGGCUCUAUGUCUUACAUUCAAAUCACUCAGGGCUCUAUCAAUAUUACAUUCAAAUCACUCAGGGCUCUAUCAAUAUAACAUUCACAUCACUCAGGCUCUAUCAAUAUUACAUUCACAUACUCAUGGCUCUAUCAAUAUAACAUUCAUCACUCAGGGCUCUAUCAAUAUUACAUUCAAAUCACUCGUGGCUCUAUCAAUAUUACAUUCAAAAUCCUCCAGGGCUCUAUCAAUAUUACAUUCAAAUCACUCAGGGCUCUAUCAAUAUUACAUUCAAAUCAGUCAGGAUCUAUCAAUAUUACAUUCAAAUCACUCAGGGCUCUAUCAAUGUUAUUCUACAUCACUAGUGGCUCUAUCCAAUAUUACAUUCAAAUCCUUGAGGCAUCCAAUACAUUCAUCACUCCAGGCUCUCAUCAUUCUCAGGGAUCUAUCAAUAUUACAUUCAAAUCUCAGGGCUCUAUCAAUAUUACAUUCACAUCACUCAGGGCUCUAUCCAUGUACAUUCCAACGUCCUCAGGGCUCUAUCAAUAUAACAUUCACAUCACUCAGGGCUCAUCAAUAUUACAUUCAAAUCAGCCAGGGCUCUAUCAAUAUUACCCAUUCACAUCACUCAUGGCUCUAUCCAAUAUUACAUUCAAAUCACUCAGGGCUCCAUCAAUAUAACAUUCCACAUCACUCCAGGGCUCUAUCCAAUAUUACAUUCACAUCACUCAGGGCUCUAUCCAAUAUUACAUUCAAUCAGUCAGGGCUCUAUCAAUGUACAUUCAAAUCCUCCAGGGCUCUCAUCACUACAUUAAAUCACUCAGGGAUCUAUCCAAUAUUACAUUCACAUCACUCAUAUGGCUCUAUCCAAUAUUACAUUCAAAUCACUCAUGGCUCUAUCCAAUAUUACAUUCACAUCACUCCAGGGCUUCAUCAAUAUUACAUUCACAUCCUCAGGGCUCUAUCAAUAUUACAUUCACAUCACCAGGGCUCCAUCCAAUAUUACAUUCAAAUCACUCAGGGCUCUAUCCAAUAUUACAUUCAAAUCACUCAGGGCUCCAUCCAAUAUUACAUUCAAACUCACUCAGGGCUCAUCCAAUAUUACAUUCACAUCACUCAGGGAUCAUCCAAUAUUACAUUCACAUCCACCAGGGCUCUAUCCACAUUACACCACAUCACUCAGGGACUCCAUCCAAUAUCAAUUACAUUCCAAAUCACCAGGGCUCUAUCAAUAUUACAUUCAAAUCUCUAUCAAUAUUACCAUCCAUCCAAUAUAACAUUCACAUCACUCAGGGAUUCAUCCAAUAUUACAUUCCAUCACUCAGGGCUCUAUCCAAUAUUACAUUCAAACUCAGCCAGGGCACUAUCCAUCCACAUUCACAUUACAUUCAAUAGCAUCAUUCAGGGCCCCAGGCUCUAUACAUUCAUUCAUCAGUCCAGGGCCCAUCCAACAUUACAUUCACAUCACUCAUGGCUCUAUCCAAUAUUACAUUCAAAUCACCAUGGCUCUAUCCAACACAUUCACAUCAGUCAGGCUCCAUCCAAUAUUACAUUCAAAUCACUCAGGGCUCUAUCCAAUAUUACAUUCACAUCCUCCAGGGCUCCAUCCAAUAUUACAUUCAAAUCCUCCAGGCUCUAUCAAUCCAAUUCAUCAUCCAAUCCAAAUAUUACAUCCAAAUCCAUCCAACAUUACAUUCAAAUCACUCUUGGCUCUAUCCAAUAUUACAUUCACAUCACUCAUGGCUCUAUCCAAUAUAUUACAUUCACAUCUCCAGGGCUCCUAUCCAAUAUUACAUUCAAACAGUCAGGGCUCAGACCCAUCCAAUAUUACAUUCAAACCACUCAGGCUCCAUCCAAUAUUACAUUCACAUCACUCAGGGCUCCAUCCAAUAUAACAUUCACAUCAUUAAGGGCUCUAUCCAUUACAUUCACAUCACUCAGGGCUCUAUCCAAUAUUACAUUCAAAUCACUCAGGGCUCCAUCCAAUAUAACAUCUACAUCACUCAGGGCUCUAUCCAAUAUAACAUUCACAUCACCAGGGCUUCAUCAACAUUACAUUACAUCACCACGGUCUAUCCAACAUUCCACAUCACCACCAUUCCCCAUCCACAAUUACAUUCCACAUCCCAGGCUCUAUCCAAUAUUACAUUCACAUCAGUCAGGGCUCCCAUCCAAUAAUACAUCCAUCACCAGGGCCCAUCCAAUAUUACAUUCACAUCACUCAGGGCUCCAUCCAAUAUUACAUUCACAUCCACGGCCUCAUCCAAUAUUACAUUCACAUCUUAGGCUCCAUCCAACAUACACAUCCACAUCACAUUCAAGGGCUCCCCAUCCAAUAUUACAUUCACAUCACCACGGCUCCAUCCCAAUACCACAUUCACAUCACCAGGGGCAUCUAUCCAAUAUUACAUUCACAUCACUCAGGGCUCUCAUCCAAUAUUACAUUCACAUCACCAGGGCUCUAUCCAUUACAUUCACAUCACAUAUCACAUCACUCAGGCUCUAUCAAUAUUACAUUCCCACAUCCUCAUUCCCCAUCCAAUAUUACAUUCCUCACUCAUGGCUCUAUCAAUAUGCAUUCACAUCUCUGGCUCAUCAAUACCACGGCCCAUCCUCAAUAUCUAUCAUAUUACAUUCAUCCUUGUGGCUCCAUCCAAUAUUACAUUCCAUCCUCAGGGCUCUAUCAAUAUUACAUCUACAUCACUCACGGCUCUAUCAAUAUUACAUUCACAUCACCACGGGCUCUAUCAAUAUUACACAUUCACAUCACCAGGGCUCUAUCACCAUUACAUUCACAUCACUCAGGCCUCUAUCCAAUAUUACAUUCACUGGCUCCAUCCACACACAUCCACAUCCCCACGGCCUAUCCACACACAUUCCAUCACCUCAGGGCUCUAUCAAUAUUACAACAUCACAUCCAUCAAUAACAUACAUCACCAGGGCUCUAUCCAAUACACAUCCACAUCACCUCAGGGCCCCAUCCAAUAUUACAUUCACAUCACUCCAGGGCUCUAUCCAAUAUUACAUUCACAUCACCAGGCUCUCAUCCAAUAUUACAUCUCACAUCACUCAGGGCUCUAUCCAAUAUUACAUUCACAUCACCAGGGCCUCUAUCCAAUAUUACAUUCACAUCAGUCAGGCUCUAUCCAAUAUUACAUUCACAUCACCAGGGCUCCAUCCAAUAUUACAUUCACAUCACAGGGCUCUAUCCAAUAUUACAUUCACAUCAGUCAGGGCUCUAUCAAUAUUACAUUCACAUCACCAGGGCUCUAUCAAUAUUACAUUCACAUCACUCAGGGCUCUAUCCAAUAUUACAUUCUACAUCACUCAGGGCUCUAUCCAAUAUUACAUCUACAUCACUCAGGGCUCUAUCCAAUAUUACAUUCACAUCAGUCAGGCUCUAUCCAAUAUUACAUUCCACAUCACUCAGGGCUCUAUCAAUAUUACAUUCACAUCACUCAGGGCUCUCUAUCCAAUAUUACAUUCACAUCACUCAGGGCUCUAUCCAAUAUUACAUUCACAUCACUCAGGGUUUCAUCCAAUCAGGGCUUAUCAUUUACAUUCAUCACUCAGGGCUCUAUCCAAUACAUUACAUAUCCACACAUCCUCAGGGGCUCUAUCCAAUAUUACAUUCACAUCGGUCAGGGCUCUAUCAAUAUUACAUUCACAUCCUCCAGGGCUCUAUCCAAUAUUACAUUCACAUCCGUCAGGGCUCCAUCCAAUAUUACAUUCACAUCACUCAGGGCUCUAUCCAAUAUUACAUUCAAAUCACUCAGGGCUCAUCCAAUAUUACAUUCACAUCACUCAGGGCUUCAUCAAUAUUACAUUCACAUCACUCAGGGCUCUAUCCAAUAUUACAUCCAAAUCACUCAGGGCUCCAUCAAUAUUACAUUCAAAUCAGUCAGGGCUCUAUCAAUAUUACAUUCACAUCACUCAGGGCUCUAUCAAUAUUACAUUCAACAUCACUAGGGCUCUAUCCAAUAUUACAUUCCGUAUAAUUCAGCUCUCAUCCAAUAUUACAUUCACAUCACUCAGGGCUCUAUCCAAUAUUACAUUCACAUCACUCAGGGCUCUAUCAAUAUUACAUUCACAUCAGUCAGGGCUCUAUCCAAUAUUACAUCUACAUCACUCCCAGGGCUCUAUCCAAUGUACAUUCAAAUCAGUCAGGGCUCUAUCAAUAUUACAUUCACAUCCUCAGGCUCUAUCCAAUAUUACAUUCACAUCACUCAGGGCUCAAUAUUGCAUUCAUCAAUAUUACAUUCACAUCACUCAGGGCUCUAUCAAUAUUACAUUCAAAUCCUCAGGGCUCUAUCAAUAUUACAUUCAAAUCAGUCAGGCUCUAUCAAUAUUACAUUCACAUCACUCAGGGCUCUAUCAAUAUUACAUUCUAAAUCACUCAGGCUCUAUCCAAUAUUACAUUCACAUCCUCAGGCUCUAUCAAUACAGUCAGGGCUCUCAAGCUCUAUCCAAUAUUACAUUCACAUCACUCAGGGCUCUAUCCACAUAUCCUCAGGGCUCUACAUUUAAAUUCAUCCUCAAGGCUCUAUCCAAUAUUACAUUCAAAUCAGUCAGGGCUCUAUCAAUAUUAUUCACAUUCCAAAUCACUCAGGGCUCUAUCAAUAUUACAUUCCACAUCACUCAGGGCUCAUCCAAUAUUACAUUCAUCACUCAGGGCUCUAUCAAUAUUACAUUCAAAUCAGUCAGGGCUCUAUCAAUAUUACAUUCACAUCCUCAGGGGCUCUAUCAAUAUUACAUUCCCACAUCCUCAGGGCUCUAUCAAUAUUACAUUAUCAUCAUGCAUCAAUUAAGGCUCUAUCAAAUCAUCCUCAGGGCUCUAUCAAUAUUACAUUCAAAUCACUCAGGGCUCUAUCAAUAUUACAUUCACAUCACUCAGGGCUCUAUCAAUGUACAUUCAAAUCACCUCAGGGCUCUAUCAAUAUUACAUUCAAAUCAUUCAAAUAUCUCUAUCCCAUUUCCAUCAGUCAUGGCUCUAUCAAUAUUACAUUCAAAUCCUCAGGGCUCUCAUCCAAUACCUCAAUACAUUCAAACAUCACUCAUCAGGUACUCUAUCAAUAUUACAUUCAAAUCAGUCAGGGCUCUAUCAAUAUUACAUUCACAUCACUCUAGGGCUCUAUCAAUCUUACAUUCAAAUCACUCAGGGCUCUAUCCAAUAAUACAUUCACAUCAGUCAGGGCUCUAUCAAUAUUACAUUCACAUCACUCAGGGCUCUAUCAAUAUUACAUUCAAAUCAGGCUCUAUCCAAUAUUACAUUCACAUCACUCAGGGCUCUAUCCAAUAUUACAUUCAAAUCAGUCAGGGCUCUAUCAAUAUUACAUUCAAAUCAGUCAGGGCUCUAUCCAAUAUAACAUUCACAUCACUCAGGCCUCAUCCAUAUUACAUCCACAUCAGUCAGGGCUCAUCCAAUGUACAUUCACAUCAGUCAGGGCUCCAUCAAUAUUACAUUCACAUCACUCAUGGCUCUAUCCAAUAUUACAUUCACAUCACUCAGGGCUCUAUCCAAUAUUACAUUCAAAUCAGUCAGGGCUCUAUCCAAUAUUACAUUCACAUCACUCAGGGCUCUAUCCAAUAUUACAUCCACAUCAGUCAGGGCUCUAUCCAAUAUUACAUUCACAUCUCUAUCCAGGGCAUUCCAUCCAAUAGCUCUAUCAUUUACAUCACUCAGGGCUCCAUCAAUAUUACAUUCACAUCACUCAGGGCUCCAUCCAAUAUUACAUUCACAUCACUCAGAGGCUCUAUCAAUAUUACAUUCCACAUCAGCUCUAUCAAUAUUACAUUCACAUCACUCAGGCUCUAUCAAUAUUACAUUCACAUCCUCAGGGGCUCUAUCCAAUAUUACAUUCAAAUCCUCAGGGCUCAUCAGCCCAUUCACAUUCAGGGCUCUAUCAAUAUUACACAUCCUCAGGGCUCUAUCAAUAUUACAUUCACAUCACUCAGGGCUCUAUCAAUAUUACAUUCACAUCACUCAGGGCUCUAUCAAUAUUACAUUCACAUCACUCAGGGCUCUAGGCCAUUCACAUCACUCAGGGCUCUAUCAAUAUUACAUUCACAUCCUCAGGGCUCUAUCCAAUAUUACAUUCAAAUCACUCAGGGCUCUAUCCAAUAUUACAUUCAAAUCACUCAGGGCUCUAUCAAUAUUACAUUCAAAUCACUCGGCUCUAUCAAUAUUCAUUCAUCUCACAUUCAAAUCAUUCAUUCACUCAGGGCUCUAUCCAUAUUACAUUCAUCACUCAGGCUCUAUCAAUAUUACAUUCACAUCACUCAGGGCUCUAUCAAAUCAUUACAGUCAGGGCUCUAUCUAGGGCAUUCAUCCUCAGGGCUCCAAUAUUACAUUCACAUCACUCAGGGCUCUAUCCAAUCAAAUUACAGGCUCUAUCAAUACAUUCACAUCAGGGCUCUAUCCAAUAUUACAUUCACAUCACUCAGGGCUCUAUCAAUAUUACAUUCACAUCAUCAGGGCUCUAUCCAUGUACAUUCAAAUCAGUCAGGGCUCCAUCAAUAUUACAUUCAUCCUCAGGGCUCUAUCCAAUCACAGGGCUCUUCACAUCACUCAGGGCUCUAUCAAUAUUACAUUCACAUCUCACUCAGGGCUCUAUCAAUAUUACAUUCAAAUCAGUCAGGCUCUAUCCAAUAUUACAUCCAAAUCACUCAGGGCUCUAUCCAAUAUUACAUUCACAUCGGUCAGGGCUCUAUCAUCCAAUCAGGGCUCUAUCAAUGUACAUUUUCAUCAGUCAGGGCUCUAUCAAUAUUACAUUCACAUCACCAGGGCUCUAUCAAUAUUACAUUCACAUCACUCGGGGCCCCAUCAAUACAUUCACAUCAGUCAUUCACAUCACUCAGGGCUCUAUCAAUAUUACAUUCACAUCCUCAGGGCUCUCAUCCAAUAUUACAUUCACAUCAGUCAGGGCUCUAUCUAUCAAUAUUACAUUCACAUCACUCAGGCUCUAUCAUCCAAUAUUACAUUCAAAACAUCACAUCACUCAGGGCUCUAUCAAAUUACACAUUCACAUCCAUUCAUCACUCAGGGCUCUAUCCAAUAUUUACAUUCCCACAUCACUCAGGGCUCUAUCAAUAUUACAUUCAAAUCACUCCAGGGCUCUAUCAAUAUUACAUUCACAUCCUCAGGGCUCUAUCAAUAUUACAUUCACAUCAGUCAGGGCUCUAUCCAUGUUACAUUCACAUCACCUCAGGGCUCUAUCAUUCACAUCCUCAGGGCUCUAUCAAUAUUACAUUCACAUCACUCAGGCUCUAUCAAUAUUACAUUCACAUCACCAGGGCUCUAUCCAAUAUUGCAUUCAAAUCACUCAGGGCAUUCUCAUCCAAUAUUACAUUCACAUCACAGUCAGGCUCUAUCAAUAUUACAUUCACAUCACUCAGGGCUCUAUCAAUAUUACAUUCACAUCCUCAGGGGCUCUAUCAUUCAAUCAGUCAGGGCUCUAUCAAUAUUACAUUCACAUCUCAGGGGCUCUAUCCAAUAUUACAUUCCAUCAGUCAGGGCUCUAUCAAUAUUACAUUCAAAUCACUCAGGGCUCUGUCCUCCAUCAGUCAGGGCUCUUACAUUCAAAUCACUCAGGGCUCUAUCAAUAGCCCAUUCAAUCAGUCAUCUAUCAAUAUUACAUUCAAAUCACUCAGGGCUCCAUCAAUAUUACAUUCUUCAUUUCCUCAGGGCUCUAUCCAAUAUUACAUUCACAUCACUCAGGGCUCUAUCCAAUAUUACAUUCACAUCAGUCAGGCUCUAUCAAUACACAUUCAUCACUCAGGCUCUAUCCAAUAUUACAUUCAAAUCACUCAGGGCUCUAUCAAUAUUACAUUCAUCAUCCUCAGGGAUCUAUCAAUAUUACAUUCCACAUCAGUCAGGGGCUCUAUCAAAUACAGUCACUCAGUCGGGGCUCCAUCAAUAUUACAUUCACAUCAGUCAGGGCUCUAUCAAUAUUACAUUCACAUCACUCAGGGCUCUAUCAAUAUUACAUUCACAUCAGUCAGGGCUCUAUCCAAUAUUACAUUCAAAUCAGUCAGGGCUCUAUCAAUAUUACAUUCAAAUCCUCAGGGCUCUAUCCAAUAUUACAUUCACAUCCUCAGGGCUCUAUCAAUAUUACAUUCACAUCACUCAGGGCUCCAUCAACAUUACAUCCACAUCACUCAGGGCUCUAUCCACAUUACAUUCACAUCAGUCAGGGCUCUAUCCAAUAUUACAUUCACAUCACUAUCAGGGCUCUAUCCAAUAUUACAUUCAAAUCAGUCAGGGCUCUAUCCAUAUUACACAUCGUCAGGCUCCAUCAAUAUUACAUUCAAAUCACUCCAGGGCUCUAUCAAUAUUACAUUCACAUCACUCAGGGCUCUAUCAAUAUUACAUUCACAUCAGUCAGGGCUCUAUCCAAUAUUACAUUCACAUCACUCAGGGCUCUAUCCAAUAUUACAUUCAAAUCAGUCAGGGCUCUAUCCAAUAUUACAUUCACAUCAGUCAGGCUCUAUCAAUGUAUUCCAAUAUUACAUUCAUCACUCAGGGCUCUAUCAAUAUUACAUUCCAAAUCAGUCAGGGCUCUAUCCAAUAUUACAUUCCAUCAGUCAGGGCUCUAUCCAAUAUUACAUUCACAUCACUCAGGGCUCUAUCAAUAUUACAUUCACAUCUCAGGGCUCUAUCCAAUAUUACAUUCAAAUCGGUCGGGCUCUAUCAAUAUUACAUUCACAUCAGUCAGGCUCUAUCAAUAUUACAUUCACAUCAGUCAGGGCUCUAUCCAAUAUUACAUUCAAAUCAAUAUUACAUUCUCUCAUCCAUCAUUUCAAUCAGUCAUUAUCAUUUACAUUCACAUCAGUCAGGGCUCUAUCCAAUAUUACAUCAUGGCUCUACAUCAUUCAAAUCAGUCAGGGCUCUAUCCAAUAUUACAUUCAAAUCAGUCAGGGCUCUAUCCAAUACAUUACAUUCAGGGACUCUAUCAUGUACAUUCAAAGGCUCUAUCCAAUAUUACAUUCACAUCACUCAGGGCUCUAUCAAUAUUACAUUCAAAUCAGUCAGGGCUCUAUCCAAUAUUACAUUCAAACUCAGGGCUCUAUCAAUAGGGCAUUCUAUCAAGGGCUCUAUCAAUUUAAAUCAGUCAGGGCUCUAUCAAUAUUACAUUCACAUCACUCAGGGCUCUAUCCAAUAUUACAUUCAAAUCAGUCAGGGCUCUAUCCAAUAUUACAUUCACAUCAGUCAGGGCUCUAUCCAAUAUUACAUUCACAUCACCUCAGGCCUCCAUCCAAUAUUACAUUCAAAUCAGUCAGGGCUCUAUCCAAUAUUACAUUCACAUCCUCAGGCUCUAUCCAGGGUCAAUUACAUUCAAAUCAGUCAGGGCUCUAUCAAUAUUACAUUCAAAUCAGUCAGGGCUCUAUCAAUAUUACAUUCACAUCACUCAGGGCUCUAUCCAAUAUUACAUUCAAGGGCUCUCAAUAUUACAUUCAUCGGUCAGGGCUCUAUCCCCAUCCAUGUACAUUCAAAUCAGUCAGGGCUCUCUCAAUAUUACAUUCACAUCCUCAGGCUCUAUCCAAUAUUACAUUCAUCACUCAGGCUCUAUCCAAUAUUACAUUCACAUCGGUCAGGGCUCUAUCCAAUAUUACAUUCACAUCACAUUCUCUAUCAAUAUUACAUUCACAUCACUCAGGGCUCUAUCCAUCAAUAUUACAUUCAAAUCACUCAGGGCUCUAUCCAAUAUUACAUUCACAUCACUCAGGCUCUAUCAAUAUUCAUCAGUCAGGGCUCUAUCAAAUCCACAUCACUCAGGGCUCUAUCAAUAUUACAUUCAAAUCACUCAUGGCUCUAUCAAUAUUACAUUCACAUCCUCAUCCAAUAUUACAUUCACAUCAGUCAGGGCUCUAUCCAAUAUUACAUUCACAUCACUCAUGGGCUCUAUCCAAUAUUACAUUCAAAUCACUCAGGGCUCUAUCAAUAUUACAUUCAAAUCAGUCAGGGCUCUAUCAAUAUUACAUUCACAUCAGUCAGGGCUCUAUCAACAUUACAUUCAUCACUCAGGGCUCUAUCAAUAUUACAUUCACAUCACUCAGGGCUCUAUCAAUAUUACAUUCAAAUCAGUCAGGGCUCUAUCAAUUACAUUCACAUCACUCAGGGCUCUAUCAUUACAUUCAAAUCACUCAGGGCUCUAUCAAUAUUACAUUCAAAUCAGUCAGGGGCUCUCUAUCAAUAUUACAUUCAAAUCAGUCAGGGCUCUAUCAAUAUUACAUUCCAUCUUGGCUCUAUCAAUAUUACAUUCACAUCACUCAGGGCUCUAUCAAUAUUACAUUCAAAUCAGUCAGGGCUCUAUCAAUAUUACAUUCACAUCCUCAGGGCUCUAUCAAUGUACAUUCAUCACUCAUGGCUCACAUUACAUUCCGUCGGUCAGGGCUCUAUCCAUUACAUUUCACAUCCUCAGGGCUCUAUCAAUAUUACAUUCAAAUCACUCAGGGCUCUAUCAAUGUACAUUUCAAAUCAGUCAGGGCUCUAUCAAUAUUACAUUCACAUCACUCAGGCUCAAAUAUCAGGGCUCUAAUAUUACAUUCACAUCAGUCAGGGCUCUAUCAAUAUUACAUUCAAAUCACUCAGGGCUCUAUCCAAUACAUUACAUCCGGCUCUAUCAUUACAUUCAAAUCAGUCACGGCUCUAUCCAAUAUUACAUUCACAUCACUCAGGGCUCUAUCAAUAUUACAUUCAAAUCACUCAGGCUCUAUCAAUAUUACAUUCACAUCAGUCAGGGCUCAUUAUCUAUCAAUAUUACAUUCACAUCACUCAGGGCUCUAUCAAUAUUACAUUCACAUCACUCAUUGCCAGUCAGGGGCUCUAUCAAUAUUACAUUCAUCAGUCAGGCUCUAUCAUUACAUUCACAUCGUCUCAGGGCUCUAUCAAUAUUACAUUCAAAUCAGUCAGGGCUCUAUCAAUAUUACAUUCACAUCACUCAGGGCUCUAUCCAAUAUUACAUUCACAUCGGUCAGGGCUCUAUCAAUAUUACAUUCACAGGGCUCUGUCACAUUCCACAUCCAGGGCUCUAUCAAUAUUACAUUCAAAUCAGUCAGGGCUCUAUCAAUAUUACAUUCAUCAGUCAGGGCUCUGUCAAUUACAUUCACAUCAGUCAGGGCUCUAUCAAUAUUACAUUCAAAUCAGUCAGGGCUCUCAUCAAUAUUACAUUCACAUCACUCAGGGCUCAAAUAUUCAUUCAAACACAUCAGGGCUCUAUCAAUAUUACAUUACAUUUUCAAAUCAGUCAGGGCUCUAUCAAUAUUACAUUCAAAUCAGUCAGGGCUCUAUUAUAUUACAUUCAUCACUCAGGGCUCUAUCCAAUAUUACAUUCACAUCACAUUCACAUCAGGGCUCUAUCCAAUAUUACAUUCAAAUCAGUCAGGGCUCUAUCCAAUAUUACAUUCACAUCAGUCAGGGCUCUAUCAAUAUUACAUUCAUCAGUCAGGGCUCUAUCAAUAUUACAUUCAAAUCAGUCAGGGCUCUAUCAAUAUUACAUUCAAUCCUCAGGGCUCUAUCAAUAUUACAUUCACAUCAGGGCUCUAUCAAUAUUACAUUCAAAUCAGUCAGGGCUCUAUCAAUAUUACAUUCACAUCAGUCAGGGCUCAUUAUCAUUCCAAAUCAGUCAGGGCUCUAUCAUUACAUUCAUCCUCAGGGCUCUAUCCAAUAUUACAUUCAAAUCAGUCAGGCUCUAUCAAUAUUACAUUCACAUCACUCAGGCUCUAUCAAUAUUACAUUCCCAUCACUCAGGGGCUCUAUCCAAUAUUACAUUCAACAGUCAGGGCUCUAUCCAAUAUUACAUUCACAUCAGUCAGGGCUCUAUCCAAUAUUACAUUCACAUCAGUCAGGGCUCUAUCCAAUAUUACAUUCACAUCACCAGGGCUCCUCAAUAUCCAACACACACAUUCAAAUCAGUCAGGGCUCUAUCAAUAUUACAUCCAAUCAAUUACAUUCAAAUCAGUCAGGGCUCUAUCAAUAUUAUCCACAUCAGUCAGGGCUCUAUUACAUUCACAUCACUCAGGGCUCUAUCAAUAUUACAUUCAAAUCAGUCAGGGCUCUAUCAAUAUUACCAAAUCACUCAGGGCUCAUCAAUAUUACAUUCACAUCACUCAGGGCUUAUCCAUCCAAUUCAAAUUACAGGGCUCAAAUCAAAUCAGGGCUCUAUCCAUAUUACAUUCACAUCACUCACAUCCAAUAUUAAUUCCACAUCAGUCAGGGCUCUAUCCAAUAUUACAUUCAAAUCAGUCAGGGGCUCUAUCCAAUAUUACAUUCACAUCAGUCAGGGCUCUAUCCAAUAUUACAUUCCAAAUCAGUCAGGGCUCUAUCAAUAUUACAUUCACAUCAGUCAGGGCUCUAUCCAAUAUACAUUCCACAUCACUCAGGGCUCUAUCCAAUAUUACAUUCAAAUCAGUCAGGGCUCUAUCCAAUAUUACAUUCACAUCAGUCAGGGCUCUAUCAAUAUUACAUUCACAUCCUCAGGGCUCUAUCCAAUAUUACAUUCAAAUCAGUCAGGGCUCUAUCAAUAUUACAUUCACAUCGGUCAGGGCUCUAUCAAUAUUACAUUCAAAUCACUCAGGGCUCUAUCAAUAUUACAUCAAGGCUCUAUUACAUUCACAUCAGUCAGGGCUCUAUCCAAUAUUACAUUCAAAUCAGUCAGGGCUCUAUCAAUAUUACAUUCACAUCAGUCAGGGCUCUAUCAAUAUUACAUUCAAAUCAGUCAGGGCUCUAUCAAUAUUACAUUUCAAAUCAGUCAGGGCUCUAUCAAUAUUACAUUCACAUCAGUCAGGGCUCUAUCAAUAUUACAUUCAAAUCAGUCAGGGCUCUAUCAAUAUUACAUUCAAAUCACAUUCAGGGCUCUAUCAAUAUUACAUUCACAUCAGUCAGGGCUCUAUCCAAUAUUACAUUCAAAUCAGUCAGGCUCUAUCAAUAUUACAUUCAAAUCAGUCAUCAAUAUUACAUUCAAAUGGUCAGGGCUCUAUCAAUAUUACAUUCACAUCAGUCAGGGCUCUAUCAAUAUUACAUUCACAUCAGUCAGGGCUCUAUCCAAUAUUACAUUCAAAUCAGUCAGGGCUCUAUCCAAUAUUACAUUCACAUCACUCAGGGCUCUAUCAAUAUUACAUUCAAAUCGGUCAGGGCUCUAUCCAAUAUUACAUUCACAUCAGUCAGGGCUCUAUCAAUAUUACAUUCAAAUCACUCAGGGCUCUAUCAAUAUUACAUUCAAAUCAGUCAGGGCUCUAUCAAUAUUACAUUCACAUCACUCAGGGCUCUAUCAAUAUUACAUUCAAUAUCAGGGCUCAUGUCAUUCAAAUCAGUCAGGGCUCUAUCCAAUAUUACAUUCAAAUCCUCAGGGCUCUAUCCAAUAUUACAUUCAAAUCAGUCAGGCUCAUCCAAUAUUACAUUCACAUCAAUCAGGCUCUAUCAAUAUUACAUUCCACAUCCAGGGCUCUAUUACAUUCAAAUCAGUCAGGGCUUCAUCAAUAUUACAUUCAAAUCAGUCAGGGCUCUCAAUAUUCAUUCAAAUCAGUCAGGGCUCUACAUUACAUUCAAAUCAGUCAGGGCUCUAUCCCCCAUUCCAUCCUCAGGGCUUCCAACAUUACAUUCAAAUCAGUCAGGGCUCUAUCCAAUAUUACAUUCAAAUCAGUCAGGCUCUAUCCAUAUUAUUCAUCACUCAGGGCUCAAAUCAGUCAGGGCUCUAUCCAAUAUUACAUUCACAUCAGUCAGGGCUCUAUCAAUAUUACAUUCACAUCACUCAGGGCUCUAUUAUUCAAAUCACAUCAUCUACAUCAAAUCAUUCAGGGCUCUAUCCAAUAUUACAUUCAAAUCCUCAGGGCUCUAUCCAAUAUUACAUUCAGUCAGGGCUCUAUCAAUACAUUCAAAUCAGGGCUCUAUCCAAUAUUACAUUCAAAUCACUCAGGGCUCUAUCCAAUAUUACAUUCAAAUCUCAGGGCUCUAUCAAUAUUACAUUCAAAUCAGUCAGGGCUCUAUCCAAUAUUACAUUCACAUCACUCAGGCUCUAUCUCUAUCCAUCAGUCAGGGCUCUAUCAAUUACAUUCAAAUCAGUCAGGGCUCUAUCAAUAUUACAUUAUCCAAUAUUACAUUCAAAUCAGUCAGGCUCUCAUCCAAUAUUACAUUCAAAUCAGUCAGGGCUCUAUCCAAUAUUACAUUCACAUCAGGGCUCUAUCAAUUACAUUCAAAUCAGUCAGGGCUCUGUCAAUAUUACAUUCACAUCACUCAGGGCUCUAUCAAUAUCAUUCAAUAUUAGUCAUCAACUACAUUCACAUCACUCAGGGCUCUAUCCAAUAUUACAUUCAAAUCAGUCAGGGCUCUAUCAAUAUCCAAUAUCUAUCAAUAUUACAAAUCAGGGCUCUAUCAGGGCUCUAUCCAAUAUUACAUUCACAUCACUCAGGGCUCUAUCAAUAUUACAUUCAAAUCAGUCAGGGCUCUAUCCAAUAUUACAUUCAAAUCAGUCAGGGCUCUAUCAAUAUUAAUUCACAUUCAUACAUUCAAAUCAGUCAGGGCUCUAUCCAAUAUUACAUUCAAAUCAGUCAGGGCUCUAUCAAUAUUACAUUCAAAUCACAGGGCUCUAUCAAUAUUACAUUCAUCAGUCAGGCUCUAUCAUUCACAUCAGGGCUCAUUAUCCAUCAAUUACAUUCACAUCACUCAGGGCUCUAUCAAUAUUACAUUCACAUCACUCAGGGCUCUAUCAAUAUUACAUUCAAAUCAGUCAGGGCUCUAUCCAAUAUUACAUUCAAAUCACUCAUGGCUCUAUCAAUAUUACAUUCACAUCACUCAGGGCUCUCUAUCCACAAUAACAUUCACAUCAGUCAGGGCUCUAUCCAAUAUUACAUUCACAUCAGUCAGGGCUCUAUCCCAUUCCAUCAUGGCUCUAUACAUUCACAUCACUCAGGGCUCUAUCCAAUAUUACAUUCACAUCACUCAGGGCUCUAUCAAUAUUACAUUCACAUCACUCAGGGCUCUAUCCAAUAUUACAUUCACAUCACUCAGGGCUCUAUCCAAUAUUACAUUCAAAUCAGUCAGGGCUCUAUCAAUAUUACACAUCACAUUCAAAUCACAUCCUCAGGGCUCUAUCAAUAUUACAUUCACAUCAGUCAGGGCUCUAUCCAAUAUUACAUUCACAUCACUCAGGGCUCUAUCAAUAUUACAUUCACAUCACUCAGGGCAUUCAAAUCAUCCAAUAUUACAUUCAAAUCAGUCAGGGCUCUAUCAAUAUUACAUUCAAAUCACUCAGGGCUCUAUCAAUAUCCAAUCAGUCACAUUCAACAUCAUUCAGGCUCUAUCACUCAGGCUCUAUCCAAUAUACAUUCAUUCAGGGCUCUAUCAAUCAUUACAUUCAAAUCAUCAGGGCUCAACAUUCAAAUCACUCAUUCAAUAUUACAUUCACUCAGUCAGGGCUCUAUCAAUAUUACAUUCAAAUCAGUCAGGGCUCUAUAUUACAUUCACAUCACUCAGGGCUCUAUAACAUUCAAUCAGGGCUCUAUCCAAGCUCUAUCAAUAUUACAUUCAAAUCAGUCAGGGCUCUAUCCAAUAUUACAUUCACAUCAGUCAGGGCUCUAUCAAUAUUACAUUCACAUCACUCAGGGCUCUAUCAAUAUUACAUUCACAUCACUCAGGGCUCUAUCAAUAUUACAUUCAAAUCAGUCAGGGCUCUAUCAAUAUUACAUUCAAAUCAGUCAGGGCUCUAUCAAUAUUACAUUCAAAUCACUCAGGGCUCUCCAUCCAAUAUUACAUUCACAUCACUCAGGGCUCUAUCCAAUAUUACAUUCAAAAUCAUCAGGGCUCUAUCAAUAUUACAUUCAAAUCUCAUCCAAUAUUACAUUCAAAUCAGUCAGGGCUCUAUCCAAUAUUACAUUCAAAUCACUCAGGGCUCUAUCCAAUAUUACAUUCAAAUCAGUCAGGGCUCUAUCCAAUAUUACAUUCAAAUCGGUCGGGGCUCUAUCAAUAUUACAUUCAGGGCUCUAUCCAAUAUUACAUUCAAAUCAUCAGGGCUCUAUCCACACAUUCACAUCACUCAGGGCUCUAUCCAAUAUUACAUUCACAUCAGUCAGGGCUCUAUCCAAUAUUACAUUCAAAUCAGUCAGGGCUCUAUCAUUACAUUCAAAUCAGUCAGGGCUCUAUCCAACAUUCACAUCACUCAGGGCUCUCCAUCCAAGGCUCUAUUACAUUCAAAUCACUCAGGGCUCUAUCAAUAUUACAUUCAAAUCAGUCAGGGCUCUAUCCAAUAUUACAUUCACAUCAGUCAGGGCUCUAUCCAAUUAUUACAUUCAUUCACAUCACUCAGGGCUCUAUCCAAUAUACAUUCAUUCACAUCAGUCAGGGCUCCAUCAAUAUUACAUUCACAUCACUCAGGGCUCCAUCCAAUAUUACAUUCACAUCACUCAGGGCUCUAUCAAUAUUACAUUCAAAUCAGUCAGGGCUCUAUCAUCCACAGGGCUCUAUCAAUAUUACAUUCACAUCAGGGCUUCACAUUCAAAUCCUCAGGGCUCUAUCAAUAUUACAUUCACAUCACUCAGGGCUCUAUCCAUAUUACAUUACAUUCACAUUCACAUCAGGGCUCUAUCAAUAUUACAUUCAAAUCAGUCAGGGCUCUAUCCAAUAUUACAUUCACAUCACUCAGGGCUCUAUCCAAUAUUACAUUCACUCACAUCACUCAGGGCUCUAUCCAAUAUUACAUUCAAAUCACUCAGGGCUCUAUCCAAUAUUACAUUCACAUCACUCAGGGCUCCAUACCAUCAUAGGGCUCAUUCACACAUCAGUCAGGGCUCUAUCCAAUAUUACAUUCAAAUCAGUCAGCUCUAUCCAUUCCAUCCUCAGGGCUCUAUCAAUACACAUUCAAAUCAUUCAGGGCUCUAUCAAUAUUACAUUCAAAUCACUCAGGGCUCUAUCAAUGUACAUCCAAGUAUUACAUUCAAAUCACUCAGGGCUCUAUCAAUAUUACAUUCACAUCACUCAGGGCUCUAUCCAAUAUUACAUUCCAUCAGGCUCUAUCAAUAUUACAUAUCCUCACUCUAUCCAAUAUUACAAUCCUCAGGGCUCCCAUCCAAUAUUACAUUCACAUCAGGGCUCUAUCAGGGCCCCAUCCAAUAUUACAUUCCAAAUCAGUCAGGGCUCUAUCCAAUAUUACAUUCAAAUCCAUCAGGGCUCAUCCAAUAUUACAUUCAAAUCACUCAGGGCUCUAUCAAUAUUACAUUCACAUCAGUCAGGGCUCUAUCCAAUAUUACAUUCAAAUCAGUCAGGGCUCUAUCCAUCCAAUAUCUACAUUCAAACAUCCUCAGGGCUCUCCAUCCAAUCAGUCAGGGGCUCUAUCCAAUAUUACAUUCUAAAUCACUCAGGGCAUUCACAUCCAAUAUUACAUUCAUCAUCACUCAGGGCUCUAUCCAAUAUUACAUUCAAAUCACUCAGGGCUCUAUCCAAUAUUACAUUCACAUCACUCAGGGCUCCAUCAAUAUUACAUUCACAUCAGUCAGGGCUCUAUAUUACAUUCAAAUCACUCAGGGCUCUAUCCAAUAUUACAUUCACAUCACUCAGGGCUCUAUCAAUAUCAAUCUACAUUCAGGGCUCUAUCAAUAUUACAUUCAAAUCAGUCAGGGCUCUAUCCAAUAUUACAUUCAAAUCACUCAGGGCUCCAUCCAAUAUUACAUUCAAAUCACUCAGGGCUCCAUCCAAUAUUACAUUCACAUCACUCAGGGCUCUAUCCAAUCCACAUUCAAAUCCAGGGCUCUAUCAAUAUUACAUUCACAUCACUCAGGGCUCUAUCCAAUAUUACAUUCACAUCACUCAGGGCUCUAUCCAAUAUUACAAACUCAGGCUCUAUCAAUAUUACAUUCAAUCACUCAGGGCUCUAUCCAAUAUUACAUUCAAAUCAGGGCUCUAUCAGGGCUCCCAUCCAACAUUACAUUCAAAUCACUCAGGGCUCCAUCCAAUAUUACAUUCAAAUCACUCAGGGCUCUAUCCAAUAUUACAUUCACAUCACUCAGGGCUCUAUCCAAUAUUACAUUCAAAUCACUCAGGGCUCUAUCCAAUAUUACAUUCCACUCAGGGCUCUAUCAAUAUUACAUUCAAAUCACUCAGGGCUCUAUCCAAUAUUACAUUCACAUCACUCAGGGCUCUAUCAAUAUUACAUUCAAAUCAGUCAGGGCUCUAUCAAUAUUACAUUCAAAUCAGUCAGGGCUCUAUCCAUUCCCAUCCUCAGGGCUCUAUCAAUAUUACAUUCAUCACUCAGGGCUCUAUCAUCAUUCAAAUAAGGGCUCUAUCAAUAUUACAUUCACAUCAGUCAGGGCUCUAUCAAUAUUACAUUCAAAUCACUCAGGGCUCAUUCAAAUCAAUAUUACAUUCAAAUCACUCAGGGCUCUGUCAAUAUUACAUUCAGGGCUCUUCACAUCAAAUCGGUCAGGCUCUAUCCAAUAUUCACAAAUCACUCAGGGGCUCUAUCAAUAUUACAUUCACAUCACUCAGGGCUCUAUCCAAUAUUACAUUCAAAUCACUCAGGGCUCUAUCCAUAACAUCCACAUCACUCAGGGCUCUAUCAAUAUUACAUUCAAACAUCACUCAGGGCUCUAUCAAUAUUACAUUCACAUCACUCAGGGCUCUAUCAAUAUUACAUUCAAAUCACUCAGGGCUCUAUAUCCAAUAUUAUCAUUCAACAUCACUCAGGGCUCUAUCCAAUAUAACAUUCACAUCACUCAGGGCUCUAUCAAUAUAACAUUCACAUCACUCAGGGCUCUAUCAAUAUUACAUUCAAAUCAGUCAGGGCUCUAUCCAAUAUUCAAAUCACAUUCAUUACAUUCAUCACUCAGGGCUCUAUCCAAUAUUACAUUCACAUCACUCAGGGCUCUAUCCAAUAUAACAUUCACAUCACUCAGGGCUCUAUCCAAUAUAACAUUCACAUCACUCAGGGCUCUAUCCAAUAUAACAUUCACAUCACUCAGGGCUCUAUCCAAUAUAACAUUCACAUCACUCAGGGCUCUAUCCAAUAUUACAUCACUCAUCAUUCACAUCACUCAGGGCUCUAUCAAUAUUAACAUGACUCAAAUCACAAUCAACAUUCAAAUCCUCAGGGCUCUAUCAAUAUUACAUUCAAAUCACUCAGGGCUCUAUCCAAUAUUCAAAUUCAAAUCACUCAGGGCUCUAUCCAAUAUAACAUUCACAUCACUCAGGGAUCUAUCAAUAUUACAUUCACAUCACUCAGGGCUCUAUCAAUAUAACAUUCAAAUCACUCAGGCUCUAUCAAUAUAA